AUUCCACACCCGCCACUCCGACUCUUGUUGGCUGAACUGUACUUCAGCCUCAUAAUUGCUUCCCGACUGCCAGGAGCCGAAAUACAAGAUUGUGAUUUCGUUUUUUCUUUUCCUUUCUUUUUUUCCCCCCUUGCAAUCCAUCGCUUCGUCAUGGCUACUCUGGUUGACACUGCCACGGCUACUGCCGUUACAUCCGCAAGUGAUGUUCUGGCCAACCACCACCCUCCGACGGAUCCAUCAGCUUCAACAUCUUCAUCGACGACGACGACCGAUCAUACCAAUGGAAAACCGACUAAGCCUUCAAAGAUGGCCUCCAAGUAUCGCCAUGUCUUCGCUACGCAUUCGAAACAACAAAUCUCUCCUUUUACCCAAGGCGCUCAAGCCCCCAGUUUUGUCGGCUUCAGGAAUCUCAUGAUCCUGGUCCUCAUCGUUUCUAACCUCCGAUUGAUGAUUGAAAAUUUCCAAAAAUAUGGAGUUGUUAUCUGCAUUCACUGCCACGACUACAGACGAGAAGAUGUCAUUCGAGGGUUACUUCUCUAUCUCUCUGUUCCAUUUCAUCUCUUCAUCGCCUACUUGAUCGAGCUUGCAGCCGCUCAACAGGCCAAAGCAGCUGCAGCUCGCAUGAAGAGAGCCGGCGAGGACCACGACACUCCCGAGAAGCAAGCAGCCGCCCGUCGCAGUUUCCACUCAACAUGGCGAAUCAUUGCCAUGGCGCAUGGCAUUAAUGCCAGCGCUAGUCUCAUGAUCGCAUCGACCGUCGUUUACUUCGACAUCUAUCAUCCAGGCAUCGGCACCCUCUGCGAACUCCACGCCAUCGUCCUCUGGCUCAAAGUCUGCUCCUAUGCCUUCACCAACCGCGACCUCCGCCACGCCUACCUCCACCCAACGUCCUCCGCCCCGCUGCCCGAUGUCUACAAGGAAUGCCCUUACCCCCGUAACAUCAAUUUCAAAAACCUCUGCUACUUCUGGUGGGCCCCAACUCUCAUCUACCAACCCGUGUAUCCUCGCACCUCGCACAUCCGCUGGGGGUUCGUCCUGCAGCGCAUCCUCGAAGUCCUGGGCCUCAGCAUCGUCAUUUGGAUCGCCUCCGCGCAAUACGCUGCCCCACUUCUUCAAAACUCCAUGGAUAAAGUUCUCCAGCUGGAUGUCGUCUCCAUCGCUGAGCGCGUCAUGAAACUCAGCACCAUUUCCAUUUUCUGCUGGCUGUGCGGCUUCUACGCACUCUUCCAGUCUGCGUUAAACGCUCUCGCCGAAGUAAUGACGUUUGGUGAUCGCGACUUUUAUGCGGAUUGGUGGAAUGUAUCGAGUAUCCGCAACUACUGGACAUCAUGGAAUAAGCCCGUCACGAAUUUCAUGCGUAGACAUGUGUACAGUCCGUUGGUAGGACGUGGAUGGAGUCCACAGGCCGCGCAGCUCGCAGUGUUCGUUCUAUCCGGAAUCCUCCAUGAACUCGCCGUCGGUAUACCUACGCACAACGUCAUUGCCUUCACAGGCAUGAUGAUCCAAAUCCCGCUCAUCCUCUUCACGGACAAACUGCAGCGCUGGAAGGCCAUGAACGGCCAAGUCGCCGGCAACGUCAUCUUCUGGAUCUCGUUUUGUCUCGUCGGGCAGCCGCUCGCGGCGCUGCUGUAUUUCUUUGCUUGGCAGGCCAAGUAUGGGAGUGUGGCGCGGAAUCGGGAAGGUUGGGAUAGGAGUCCUGUUGGAGCGAUUUUUGGAACGCGACGCUGA